AUAUCCCCCGAGAAAGCAACGUCAAUUCGAAGAAACAUCGAAGACGCUGUGUAUUCAGUGAAAGCUGAUGAAUUCAUCGCACAUGUAAAGAACUACAGGACUCAAAAGAGCACUAUAUCUUAUUCUGGUACAAGUCAUCACCAGGGACCAUCAAAACGAGAUCACGCCGGAUCUGUUCAAAGAGUGCAGCCUAAACAACAGCAAACAACCAUUGCAGUAGAAACAAACUUAAGUGAUGAAAGAAUCUUAAUAGAGAGAAUGCUUCAGAAAAUACCAAGUUAUCAUGAACAAAGUACCAUCAUCUCAACAUAUAGAGAAGUGAAGGUGACCGGGGAUGCGGACACUAGGGACGUGUCGGGGGCGGAGGAGAUGGGUGACAUACCGAAUUUUGAAGGAUUGGCCUGGGAGGUUGAAUGCAGUUCUUGUGUUUGGAAACUGUUCAAACACAGGCCCUAUUAUCUGAAAAAGAAAUUCAUUCUUGUAAUUCACAAACUUGCAUUGGGACAAUGGGAUCCACCACUAAGGAAGGUGAUCAAAGGUGUCAGGUCGGUGGAAAUAUAUGAGGCUGAGUUUUCAAAGGAUGCACGAGUGAUUUGGAAAAUUGGCAUUUCAAGAAUGAAGGACACUCCAUUAUAUACACAGGUCAUUAGUAUAUUGGACAUAGUAUUUGAUCAUGACAACCUUAGAAGAGCCAUUGACAAAGUGGCGGAAGCUCACCGAAAAGGACAGGAGUGCCAAUGGACAAAGACGUUGAAGGGAAUCAAGCACCAACAGUUUCUAGGGAAGAGGUCUGAAACUUACAGAGAACCAGUGUUAUAUAAGGAAGAAAAGCAGGCAAUAGAUGCUUCUACUUCUGAACUGACACAACUUUAUCCGCUGGUGGAUGGAAGUGAAACUGUAUUUCAUAUCUACCGGUUUCAUUCUUUCACCACAUCGAUGGCAAAGUGUAUAAUUCAGGACAAUUAUACAGCCCAGUUUCCCUUUAAGCUCAAUGAUGAAGAGCAUGUGAUUAUCAACUCUAAACCUUAUGAACCCAUACUGCUUUUGGGGAGAAGUGGAACAGGGAAAACAACUUGCUGUCUUUACCGAUUGUGGCAGAAUUUCUGUUCCCAAUGGAACACUGGUAAUGAGACAGAUGAACUGUCCUUAACAAAAACAGAUAUGCUUCAGACUUCCAUCAGAGAAAACACGGAACGCCCUUCGAGUCCUAGUUGUGGACAAUGUGGAUCUAAACGACCAGGUCAUCUUCAUCAGAUAUUUGUGACAAAGAACCAUGUUCUAUGUGCAGAGAUCAAGAAACAAUUUACAGAACUGUAUCAUGGACAGAAUAAUACAAUGCCCCAUGGAAGUCAUAAUUGUGGACCACUUCCCUCAAAAUUGAAAGUUGUCACUGAUGUUAGUUUCCCUCUCUUCCUUACUUCGAAGCAACUGCUGUUGAUGCUGGAUGCCUCCCUCGACCCACCUCAUUUCUUUGAAAGAAACGAAGAUGGAAGUCUACGGGAGAACAUAGAAGGUUGGAAAGAUGAAGUUGAUGUGUUGGACGACACUGUUGUUGACGAUCAUAUAAGGCUAAACAUGCAAACCAUUCAAGAUUUAUUACAUUUGAAGUAUUUGAAAGGAAAAUCUGGCCAAAAAUUUCUCAAACGUCAUGUUUGA